AUGAUGCAAGAAGACAUUAUAGAUACAAAUAAAAAUAAUGUCACCACUAAUAAUGGAGUGUCUUAUAACGUAUCAGAUCUCUUGACGAAAAUUUCUUCGUUGAUAGAUACUUGUGAUUAUCAAUUAGCACUUCAAUUUGCUAAAAGAGCCAUAAGCAUGGAGAAAGAUAACUUGCAAGUUUUGGAGAUUUUAGGAAUGGUGGAAAUUGAAUUGGGAAUGUUUGAUGAAGCGAGAGAGCAUUUUUCUAAAGCCAUUUCAAUAAAUCCAGAUCAAGGAUACUCAAAAUAUAUGUAUAUGGGUCAAUUGUCCGAGAGCUUGGAAGCCAUUUCUUGCUUUCAAAAGGGUGUCGAUUUAAUGAUAUUAGAAUAUACAUCAACGGCUACCAAAAUUGAUGAAGGAUCUGAUAAGCAUCAAUUAGGUCGAAAAAUUUCUAGCGCGUUAUGUUCAAUGACCGAAAUUUACUUGACUGAUUGUUGUUUUGAGGAGGACGCAGAACAAAAAUGUGAGGAAUAUUUAAGUAAAUCCUUGGAGAUAGAUCCAUCGAAUCCCGAAGUUUAUCAAUUGCUAGCUUCUGUUAGAUUAUCUCAACAGAGAAACGAUGAUGCUAAAAUUAAUUUAGAAAAGAGUCUGAAUUUAUGGAUCAAUCUAGAUCCAGGACAUCCUUCAAUACCUUCAUAUGAGUUGCGUAUUUCACUGGUAAAAUUAUUAAUUGAACUUUCUCAAUACACCCAAGCAUUAAAUAUACUCGAGAUUUUACAAAAAGAAGAUGAUGAAAUACUAGAUUUAUGGUAUUUAUAUGGUUGGUGUUACUUUCUUAUGGGUCAAGACUCUCAAAAUGAACAAGAUCAUUUAACAUAUUUGGAUGACGCUCGAUUUCAAUGA